GACUUGGCUCUGCCUCCAGCUGGCAGCAUGAAGUCUCCCUCACCCAGUGCUCCAGGAAAGCAAAGCCACCUCCACCCGCGCUGCCGGCCCAGUCUGUCUCCCACACGUGCCCUUCAGGACUUUGAUCCAUUUGGGGCACCUGCCGUGCAGAGGAAGGAGAGCCCGGCGACCAAGUGAGGAGAAGACCCAGCACCCUCGGACUGCACCCACAGGAGGGGAAGGCACGGUGGUGGAUGGAAGUUCCAGGGUACAGUCUGCCCGGCGUGAUUGCCUCCUGCAUCUUCAUCCUGCUGACCGUGAGGCAGCAAGAUGACUUUAGAGUGCUUGGCCCUGCCGGUCCCAUCCUGGCCAGGGUAGGAGAAGACGCCCUGCUCACCUGCCGCCUCCUGCCCAAGAGGAGCGCGGCGCACAUGGAGGUGGCAUGGUACCAUGCCCAGCCCCGUGCAGCUGCGCCUGCGCUCCAGGACGGGACUGAUAUGGUCGAGGUGCAGAUGGCAAGCUGCAGGGACCGGCUACAGAUGAUAGAGGACAGCAUUGACGAGGGAAGCGUGACUCUCAAGAUACGCAACGUCCAGCCUUCCGACAGCGGGCAGUACUGGUGCCGCUUCCAGGAUGGGGACUCUUUUGGAGAAACAAGCUUGCUGCUCCAAGUAGCAGGACUGGGGUCUGCCCCUAACAUUCACAUCACCAGGAAUGAAGAUGGAGUCCAGCUUGUGUGCGCAGCAGAAGGCUGGUUCCCAGAGCCCCAGGUCUACUGGGAGGACAGAUGGGGAGAAAGGCUGCUGGCGGUCUCAGAGCAUCACAUCCCAGAUGACCAUGGCCUUUUCCACGUGGAAGACACCCUUGUGGUUGGAGAUGUGUCUGCAGCAACCGAGACCGUGUCCUGCUUCAUCCACAGCCCUAUCCUCAAGGAAGGGAAGGGGACAGUCCUCAACCUCCCAGAGAAGCUGCGGACUGAGAUGGCUUCCCUAAAAGUGAUUGGACCUUCCCAGCCCACCCUUGUCCGAGUGGGAGAAGACAUACAAAUAACCUGCUAUUUGUCCCCUGAGACUGAUGCCCAAAGCAUGGAGGUGAGGUGGGUGCAAUCCCUUUGGUACCCUGCAGUCCAUGUGUACAAGGAUGGGGACCACGUGGCCGGAGAGCAGAUGUUGGAAUACAGAGGGAGGACCUCACUGGUGGGUGACGGCAUCCACGAGGGGAGGCUGACCCUGCAGAUCCACGAUGCCAGAGCUUCAGAUGAUGGGCAGUACCGGUGCCUGUUUGCAGAAGACGGUGUCUACCAAGAGGCCAGCUUGGAUCUGAAGGUGGUAGCCGUGGGUUCUGCCCCACUCAUCACCAUGGAGCGGCAGAAGGAUGGAGUAAGACAGCUGGUGUGCACUUCCAGCGGGUGGUUCCCACCUCCCCAAGUGCAGUGGAGGGACACAGAAGGAAGAACGAUGCCAUCGACCCCUGCAGCCCUGCGUCAGGGCAGCCAAGGGCUGUUCCACGUGGAGUCAUUUCUGUUGGUCACAAACAGCUCCAUGGUAAACGUGACCUGUGCCAUCAGCAACCUCCCCCUGGGUCAGGAGAAAACAGCAGCUGUUGCUCUCUCAGAGUCCAAGAUGAGUUUUUCAUGGAAGAUACUAUCUGUCUUGGGAUUAUUUCUUGCCGUGACCACAGGCCUGAUCUGGAUGAAGAGCUACAAAAAUGUGAAUGUGACCCAAGAAUCUAACACAGCUCCCCUGAGAUCAACUCUUCCUGAGGAACACGAGAACAUGCCUUGUGAGCAUUCAUCCCACAGAGUGCUGACCACCUCCUCUACACGCUGGGUUAGGAGGGGCUCACACCUGAGACAGGGGAUUGAGAGUCUGAGAUCAGGGAUGAGGUAGUGUGGGCCCUGGAUAUCAAGGACAAUGUCUUCAGGAAGAAAAUCACUUAUGUGUUACUGAAAAGUGGUUUGGGGCAAUGAGCUGCUAUGGAAAUGAGCACUGAGCCAUCACCUCUCCACCAGGCCUCUUCCUAAAGUGGCCUCGAGUCUGUCAGUCUCCUUAUUUAUACCUCAGGCCACUUAUCCUUUGUAAUAGGACAAAACUCUCUUCUUUGAUUGUUCCUCUCCAUUUAUUGCUCACCUGAAUAUCUCCUGAACCCAGGAGGGCCCAUUCAUCAUCAACAUGGAAACAACCUCCUUGAAUUCUGGAAACCAGGAUAAUAUUAUGAGUCCCAGAUCUUUUCUCCCUUUGCCACAGCUCAACAAGCUUCAUGUCAUGGGUGCUUUAACUUCACCCCAGCUUCAUGUCUAAUCUGGAGACUGCUCCCUUCAAAGACUGGUUCUGUUCCAGGUUCUGUUCCAUCCAGUGGACUGAUCACAGUGUGAUAUUUGAUGACUAAAUCCUUAGGAAAAUCCAGUGGGAAAUGCAAUUUAACCUAUAGGAACAAAUAAAAAUAAUCAGGUAUUUGAUCAUUUUCUUUAAAAUGGUAACAAUUACAUUGUCCAUAUAAGUGUAGCUGAGAGAACAAAAAAAUAAGUUUAAAAAAUAAGGUAAUACAGCUACAUAUAAAGACAGAAAUCUAUUCAGCAAGAUAUAACCUUGAAAUGUGCAAAACAUGCUUUGAAAUCUCUGCUCCAGAGUUCUGCAGAAGGUUAGCAGAAGUCAUGGAAUGAAGAAAAUCCUUAAAAAUUCUAGUCCAAUACAAUGAGAUCUUAAUUACAU